CCACAAUUUUGGGCAAAACAUAUUCUCCUCAUGUCAAACCGAAACAAGAAGAGGGAGAAGUAAAAAUUUAAAGCACAAUGGAACAUACAAUGUCACGGUCGCCUCAGUCCCAUCACACGGCAUCAUCACCAUCACCCGCCGCUUCGACCACAGUGACCACUCCUGACCAAUCUUCCGGGGAUGAUGGUGACAUUUGGGACGAUACGACAUCCGAGCAUGGUGACGAUCAUGGUCGAUACGACGGUGAUGUUGGUGAUGUUUUUGAUGGUUCAAGACAAAACCACACCACCACCACCACCGACGACAACAACAACAACAACGACAACGGCGGCGGCGGUGGUAUCGAAACCAACCGUCGGCCGCAGCAAAGACAAAUUCUGAGUGAGGUACCUCAAUUGAGACGUCAACACGUGACCGACGGUUACCGUGAAGGUUUGUCCGUGGGAAAGGCAAACGUCAUGCAAAGGGGUUUCGAUUCCGGUUACCCUUUUGGGGUCGAGAUUGGUUCGAGAGUCGGCAAGGUAUUUGGUGUGUUGGAAGGUAUAUUGGAGGGUUUGGGCCACAACGACAACAACAACAACAAAAAAACUUGGGCUCAAAAGAGGUCGGACAGAAAAGGUGCCGAGGAUAAGAGUGAAGGUGAAAGAAUAAACCUCCAAACCGAAAUCGAAACCGUCGUCAAAGAUGAUACCGUCAUUCGUAAUGUAUGUCCUCUCGAACCGGAGGGGUCACCAUUCAUGACGGUUCAAAAAUUAUACGAAGAAGCAAAAGUCGAAUUGAAAAUUUCGGAAUUGAUGAAAAAUUUGGAUGAUUCAAUGCUUGACAGGAUGGGUCAAUUUGACGUCGACGAGGAUGACAACAACAACAACAAUGCGAGUACGGAAACGAAACCACAGGUCACAUCACCACUACCAAAAGAAAUCGAUCAAGUCAUUACAAAAUGGGAAGAUUUGGUUUUGAAAAGUCUACGGUAGACGCGAGACUCGAGGAAGAAGAAGAAGAAAGAAAGAAAAAAGAAAAAA